GCGGAUCCGGGGCAUCCGCAUGGUUUUUUGGCUUUCAGCUUCUGCCCUGGGAUCCGCGCGGCAGCGUCGCAACAUCCGUCGGGCCCGAAUAGUGCAGCUGCGGCGCUUCCUCGGCUGCCCCAGCCUGUGCUACCCAUUUGUUGUUGCUCGGAGCGGUAAGUAAGAAUGGCGGCGGUGGCGGCCGAGGCGAACGGCGAGCCACUCUUUGGGCAGGUCGUGGGGCAGCUGGAGCCCAGCCCGCUCAUGGACGAGCGAGUGUUGCGCCGGUUGUGCGGCAUGCUGGGCGUGCCCGCGGCGGGCUCGCUCGCCGACCAGGCCGCGGCCUGCCGCGCGGCGCUGCUCGGCGGGGAGCCGGAGCCGGCGGCGGUCGCGCCGCGGGGUCAGGCAAUGGAGCGCGCCUACGAGGGAACGGCACGCGGCUCCGUUGAGUCCCUCGGGCGCUGGAACGAGAAAGGCGACGACCGCGCGAUGCCCGUCAAGCUUAAAGCUGAGACUCUGAGAGAGAAAAAAAACAUGGUCCGAGUUGGCUUCGGCAAGCUCGUCGACGAGCUCGUACAGACUAAAGGCGCUUCAAGCGGCAUUCUCGCGAUCAGCAACUGGAAAAAGAUGCGCGGGCCCCAUGAAGUUACGGUUUCGGGAGUUUCCUGGUCCGCCAGCCCGGACGACGUGAGCUACCAGCGGCACGGCUUUGUUGGGAUGGAGUCUGGCCAGCGCCAGAAUAUCCGCUUCCCCGACUUCGAGGGCGUCGUCGACGAUUUUGGAGAAGAAGACCAGAUUGCGGUCUACCGCGUCACGCUGCCGAGCGGAGGCCUCCGAGGAAAAUGGGCCGGUCGCCCGCCGCCGCCCGCGCCGGAGGACCUCUACACCGGCCCGCGGAGCGACGGGCUGCUGAGCACGGAGGAGAUCAGCGGCGAGUAUUCGGCCGCUUGUAUAUGUGCUGGUUGUCCAUGGAUAUGCAACUCGAUGACCGUGGUGCCGCUCGGGCCCGAUAUGAUCGAGACGUGGCGUACGUGCUGUCUAUUUUGUCCUCCUUUUAUCGGGCCGAUAGUAGCAGGCGGGGUCCAGACGCGCAACCCGGGCACCAAUACGUUUCGCGACCCGCAUCCGAGCAAAAUCGUGACGUUCUCGGCCGACGGCACGGCCCGGGCCACACAAGGAUGCGGUAACUUUAAAAAACGCCGGACCUCGCAGAAACGGACCUUCCAAAAGGUCGAUGCGAGGGACCUCGCGGGCAACUGGCGCGGCUGCUUUUGCCAUCCGCUGGUGUAUUCUUGGCCGUUUUCGCCCGUUUUCUGCACUACGAAGACGGCGCUCAACGAGGACCAGUACGAGGAGUCGGGUCGCUGUUGUUUUCUGUGUUUGCCGAUUCCCAUUUCCGGAACGCACACGCGGGUAUACGUGAACGGCCACCCGACGAAUGGGUUCGACAGCACUAAUUGUUGCGGUGCCCCCGAUUUCCACUGGCAUCGCGACCCCGGCUGCGCCGCCCAGAAUCCCGGGUCAAAUGCCGGGUCAUUCAUCUUCGCGAAGAAGGUCGGCUAGUCCAGACACACCUAAUAAGAUUAA